AUGGCAUUCUCUUCUUAUGCUAAUUUUCACGUACAUGGGUCUUUCCAAAACCCUUUCAUCUCCCACCGCUUAAAUCACCUCAAAACCUCACUUUCCUCGUCUGUUAAGCCUCUAUUCAAAGAGUUGCAGCAAUUGCUUCCAAGGAAGGUCGAUGAUUCUAAAACCAUGAAAAACACUUCUGGGAAGAUGUUAGAUGCACUUGUGGACUCUAUUUUCCAGUUUGUAGAUCAACCGUUGCUCCCAUCUCAGAAAAACUUUGCACCAGUGGAAGAGAUUGGAGACCUUGUUGAGGUUAUCUGGACCGAAGAAGAAAUUCCCGCUGAUUUUGCUGAAGGUGUUUUUGUAAGAAAUGGCAUAAAUCCUUUAUUCGGAGGUUUAAAAUCAGCAGUAUCGAUUUUCGGACAAACACAGCACACUUGGGUAGAGGGAGAAGGCAUGCUUCAUGCACUCUACUUCAAAAAGGAUCAUUAUGGAAGUUGGAUUAUCUCCUACAACAGCAGAUAUGUUCAGACUGAAACAUUUAAGCUAGAGAAACAGAAGCACAACAAGCCAUGUUUCUUACCAGCCCUAGAAGGAGAUGCAGCAGCAGUUAUAGCAGCAUAUAUUCUAAAUGGGUUGAGGUUUGGCACAAUCAAUAAACACUUGAGCAACACCAAUGUUUUUGAGCAUUCAGGAAGGCUCUAUUCGAUUGCAGAGAAUUAUUUACCACAAGAGGUGGACAUCUUGACAUUAGAAACUAUUUCUGAUUGGAAUGUCAAUGGAGCUUGGAAUCGACCUUUCACCAGCCAUCCAAAGAAAGCUCCAAACUCCGGAGAGCUAGUCAUAAUGGGGGUAGAUGCAAUGAAACCUUACUAUGUUUUGGGUGUUAUCUCUGCUGAUGGAAAAUUACUGCAUAAGGUUGAUCUCAAUUUCAAAAGAAGUACGCUUAGCCAUGAUAUAGGAGUCACACAGAAGUACAAUAUAAUCAUUGAUCAUCCCCUCACGGUUGAUGUAAAGAGAGUCACUAUGGGUGGCCCAUUAAUGAAGUAUGAAAAGGAAGAGUAUGCAAGGAUUGGAGUGAUGCCACGUUAUGGUGAUGCAGAGUCAGUCAAAUGGUUUGAGGUACAAACCAAUUGCACAUUUCACAUUCUCAAUUGCUUUGAGGAGGCUAAUGAGGUUGUAGUGAGGGGAUGCAGGGCUCUCACAUCCCUCUUGCCAGGUCCUGAUGGUGGACUUAACAAAUAUGAGUGGUACUCAAAAGGGUUCAACUUUGCAGAUGAUCAUUCUGCAGAGACUGGAUAUUUGUUUUCUCGUUUAUAUGAAUGGAGAUUGAACAUGGUCUCUGGAGAUGUGAAGGAGAGAAAUUUAACUGCAACUGAUUUCUCCAUGGAUUUUCCUUUCAUCAAUGAACAAGUAACUGGCUUGAAGCACAAGUAUGGCUAUACACAGGUCAUUGAUUCUAUGGCAAGCUCUGACUGUGGCAUGGGAAAAUAUGGAUCUCUAGCCAAAUUAUAUUUGGAGGAAUCGAAUUCUACGUCAUUUGAGGGAAAGUGUGAAGAUUUGAUAAAAGUUGAAUACCAUAAGUUUGAGGAGAACAACUUUUGCAGUGGAAGCGUUUUUGUGGCUAGGCAUGGAGGCAAAGGCAUGGAGGAAGAUGAUGGUUGGAUUGUCACUUUUGUCCACAAUGAAGAAACUGAUGUCACCCAAGUUCAUGUAAUUGAUGCAAAGAAGUUUGAAAGUGAACCGAUUGCGAAACUCACAUUGCCACAGCGGGUGCCAUAUGGUUUUCAUGCAACUUUUGUGUCAAUGCCAUGUCAAUCUUAG